UCUUGGCCGGAGCUUCCGGGCGGGUCCUUCCGACGGCCCCCGCGGUGAUUCCACCACUCAGCUUCCUUCCCGGCCUGCCUCGCGCGGGCCGCCGGGCUGGGCCAGAGCAGCCAAGAUGGCCGACUUCGAGGAUCGGGUGUCGGAUGAGGAGAAGGUACGCAUAGCUGCUAAAUUCAUCACUCAUGCACCCCCAGGAGAGUUUAAUGAAGUGUUCAAUGAUGUCCGGCUUCUGCUUAAUAAUGACAAUCUCCUCAGGGAAGGGGCAGCACAUGCAUUUGCCCAGUAUAACAUGGAUCAGUUCACACCUGUGAAGAUAGAAGGCUAUGAUGACCAGGUCUUAAUUACAGAGCAUGGUGACCUCGGCAACAGCAGAUUUUUAGAUCCAAGAAACAAAAUUUCCUUCAAGUUUGAUCAUUUACGGAAAGAAGCAAGUGACCCCCAGCCAGAGGAUGUAGACGGAGGUUUGAAGUCUUGGAGAGAAUCUUGUGACAGUGCUUUAAGAGCCUAUGUUAAAGAUCAUUAUUCCAACGGCUUCUCUACGGUUUACGCUAAAACUAUAGAUGGACAACAGACCAUUAUUGCAUGUAUUGAAAGCCACCAGUUUCAACCCAAAAAUUUCUGGAAUGGUCGUUGGCGAUCAGAGUGGAAGUUCUCCAUUACACCACCUACAGCCCAGGUGGUUGGAGUGCUCAAGAUUCAGGUUCAUUAUUAUGAAGAUGGCAAUGUUCAGUUGGUUAGUCAUAAAGAUGUGCAGGACGCAAUAACUGUUUCUAAUGAGGUCCAAACUGCAAAGGAGUUCAUUAAAAUCAUAGAGAGUGCAGAAAAUGAGUAUCAGACAGCAAUUAGUGAAAACUAUCAAACAAUGUCAGAUACCACGUUCAAGGCUUUGCGCCGGCAGCUUCCAGUUACCCGCACCAAAAUCGACUGGAACAAGAUACUCAGUUACAAGAUUGGCAAAGAAAUGCAAAAUGCUUAAAGGCCAACUGUAGGAGUCUCCAGUACAUGGGAAGAAAAGGAUUCAACACGGUGU